AUGAGCUGGUAUCUUACUCGGAAAGCAUGGAUUUCCGCUCCCACCGCUGUUUACGCCUGCUUUCAUUAUUUUAUGGAACUAAAAGCAAUGACUAUCAUCCGUAGGCAUAGCAUAGCUGACAAUGCGCAUGUCGGAGUAAGUGUGCGAAAGAGGGAUACCCAAGAAGAAGAGGUAAAGUCAUUGAAAUCGGAGGGAGACCGCAUUGUGUAUGUGGAUAGAAAAAAUUAAACAUUUAUGCUUUCAAGACACUUACACCAAUUGCUUUCUACUUUGUGCAUGAAUUUUAUAAUUGCACAUAAAGCGGUUACUUCAGA